AUGUACUCAAAGUUGAGUAGAAUCCAAGAUGCUUUCCGGGUGUUUGAAGAAAUACCCAUUAGAGAUUAUACUACAUACAAUUCUUUGAUGUGCGGCUUUGGGUCCAAUGGGUUUUAUGAAGAGGCUGUCGUGAUUUUUGAUCAGAUGUUAGAAUCUGAUUUCUUUCCAAAUGUGGCUUCUAUUUCUUAUGCGAUUAGGGCUUGCGGUGAAUUGGGAAGCCUAGAUAGAGGCUCGUUGAUUCAUGAUUGUGUUAUUAAGAACGGGCUUUACUCAGAUGUUCCAAUUGUUAAUUCGUUGAUUUCUAUGUAUAUUAAGGUAGGAAGAUUAGAUCUUGGACGUCAGGUUUUUGAUGAUACGCCUAAGAAAGAUAUAAUAUCCUGGAAUUCGAUGAUCACGGGUUAUGCACGGAGUGGAUAUUGGGUUGAAGCAUUUGARCUUUACAUCUCCAUGAGGAAAUUUGAGAAUUUGGAUCCUAGUCGAGUUACCUUUCUGGGGUUGGCAUUGGCUUGUGGGCAGGCUCAUAAUCUUGACCUGGGGAAGACUAUUCAUGGUUAUUUGAUACGCAGUGGACUAAUGUCUGAUGUUAGGUUGGGAACCUCCAUUGUCGAUAUGUACUCAAAGUGUGGGGCAGUUAAGUUUGCUCGAAGUGUUUUUGAAGAAGAUUUACCUGAAAAAAGUUUGAUUUCAUGGAAUUCAUUACUUGCAGGGUAUUCACAAAAUGGGUAUAACCAUGAGGCAGUACUUCUUUUCCAACAGAUGUUUGUGGAUGCCAAUUUGAAACUUGAUGCAUUCACUAUUGCUAAUGUGGUGCCUGCAUAUGCAAACUCUGCAGAUCUGCAAGGAGUUCGAUCAAUCCACUCAAUCAUUGUCAAGAAUGGUCUUGAGUUAGAUGGUGAUAUUGUUUUGGGUACAGCAAUGGUUGAUGCAUAUGGCAAGUGUUCGGAUAUUGAGGCUGCGACCUCUGUGUUCAAUUGCAUACAGAAUCCUAGUGCUGUGACAUGGAACGUAAUGAUUUCAGGGUACGUUCUGAAUCGCCAUGCUGAGCAAGGGAUUCCUCUCUUUCUUGAAAUGCUCAAUAGUAAUGUGUUUCCAGAUUCUAUCACUAUGGUGAUGCUAUUUCAAUCCUGUGGUGAGCUAGGAUCUCUAAAACAAGGGAGUAUGCUUCAUGGGUAUUGCCUUUCUAAAGGUUUUGAUUCACAUGCUACCGUUAACAAUGCCAUGAUAGACAUGUAUAUUAGAUGUGGGUGCAUGAAAAGUUCACAGGUGCUUUUUAACUCUAUGCCUCACAAGAAUGUUGUCACAUGGAAUACAAUGCUUGGUGGAUAUGUCAAGAGAGGUCAUUCAGCCAUGGCAUUAAAACUGUUUCUCUGUAUGCAGUUGGAGAACAUGCAUAAACCAGACCUGGUUACAAUGAUCUCCAUUAUUCAGGCAUGCACUUACAUUUCAGGUGGUAGAGGUGGUGAAAUGGUGCAUGGUUUUGCUUUGAAACUUGGCCUUGAUUCAGACACACUGGUUGCCAAUUCAUUGGUUGAUGCUUAUGCAAAGAACGGCCUCAUAAUCGAGGCAAGAUCAUUGUUUGAUCAAAUGGAUAGGUUGAGAGAUCAAAGCUCUUGGAAUGUAAUGAUUGCUGCAUGUGGAGUGAAUGGGAAAGGGGAAGAGACAUCUUCACUCUUCUUGCAGAUGGAAGAAGAUGGCUUUGAGCCAAAUUCCAUCACCUUUGUCUCUUUACUAUCUUCAUGUAGUCAUUCUGGCAUGAUCAAUGAGGGGUGUCACUAUUUUGAUUUGAUGGUCAGCAAAUAUGGGAUACAGCCAUCUUUGGAGCACUUGACAUGUAUCAUUGACAUGUUUGGACGGGCAGGUAGGCUACAAGAAGCAUAUCAAUUGAUAAAAAAUGGGCACCAUGAGGGGUCCAAUUGUAAUCUUUUAUCAGAUUGUGAUGCUGUUUGGAGAUUUCUUUUAAGUGCAUGCAAGACAAACAUAAUUAUGGAACUUGGUAAGCUUGCAGGAGAACAACUUUCAAGAUCGGCACCAGACAAAUGUGGGUACCAUACGUUAUUAUCAAAUUUAUAUGCUUCUGGCAGUAAGUGGGAUGAGGCUGCAAAGGUGAGGAAAAUAUUUGAAGAUGGUAAGCUGACGAAGAAACGAGGGUGGAGCUUGGCGAUGAUGUAA